AUGAAUGAAACACUCAAAUUAGUUCUAGUGGGGUAGUUAGGAGCAGGGAAAACUAGUCUCUUACAGUCUCAUAGAUAAUAAGAGUUCCGAGCUCACAAUGCGCCCACGGUGGCUGUAGACUUUGCUGGAGUUAAAAAUGUAGAAGUGAAUGGGAGGCUUUAUGAUAUUUCUAUCUGGGACACAGCAGGUUAAGAGAAAUUUAGAUCAAUAACGAGGAUGUCUUUAUAAGUAUGAAAAUGACAAAAAUAAUAGAAUGCCGAUGUUGCAAUCCUUUGUUUCGAUUUGAGUGACCCUGAUUCAUAUAGACAUCUAUAAGGGUGGAUCGACUUUUUAUAGGUGAAUUGUGUUUCUGAAAUGGGAAUUAUAAUUGUGGGAACAAAAAUGGAUUUACCAACUUUUUAUAAUAAGGAAGAUCUAUAAAAAUUUCUCUAAACUUUGAAUUCAUAAUAAUAGUAGUUAAAAUUAUUUCUUACUUCUGCCAAGACUCGAGAGGGGAUUGAUGAAACCUUCUAAUACGCUUAUGAAUAGGGGGCUAAAAUAAAAAUGAAAGCCUCGCAAAUGGNGACAUUACGCUUAUUAAACAAUUAAAUGAUAAAUAAUAAUCUUUCGUAUUUAUUAAUUUAUAUUUAUUUCUUUAAAGAAAAUGGAAGAGAACAGGGAUCUUAAAAUAUUAGUAGUAGGAAAUUCUAGUGUUGGUAAAACAAGCUUGAUUGUUAAAUAUAAAACUAAUCAAUUCUCCCCAUAAACCAGUGGAACUAUGGGAGUAGAUAUGUCGAUUGAUAAGAAUGUGAAAAUUAAUAAUAACUUAUAUGAUGUUGCUAUUUGGGACACAGCUGGUCAAGAGAGAUUCUAAUCAAUAGUGAAAAUUUCAUCCUAAGUACUUUUAGUUCAUUUAAUCAUAGAAUGCACAUGCUUCUUUAAUAUGCUUUGAUUUGAGUGAUCCUUUGUCAUUAGAUAGCGUUGCAUCUUGGAUUUAAUUCUUGAAAUCUGAAGGACCUUAAAAUCUGCAAAUAAUAAUAGUGGGUACUAAAAAAGAUCUACAGGUUUAAUAUACAUAAGAUUAAUUAAAAUAAAUUUCUACAGCUUGGAAAGCAAAUUUUCAAGACGAAUUUCCUAUUCAUUUAACAUCCUCAAAAACAGGAGAAGGAAUUUAAGAUGCUUUUAGAUAGGCUUUUGAAUUGGGAGCCAAAGCUAAGUACGAUUUAAAUGUCUAAUAAUAAUAAUAAUAAAGCAAUAAUAAGAGUUUUAAAAUAAGUACCUCUUAGUUAGUUAGAAGUUAACAGCCUUCAAAUCAAAAAACAGAGGCAAUAAUUUCUAAUACAACCACUCUAAGAGAAAGUUAAAUGAAUUUUAAUGACAAUAAAGCUACUCAGCAAGGUUGCUGCUGA